AAUAGACAACAAACCAACAAAUUUAGAAAAUUAAAAAAAAAAAAAAAAAAAAAUCCAAAAAAAUUUAAAAAAAAUACGUAAUUUAAACAUAUGGCCAAAUGAAAUGAAAUUUUGCUUUUGCCAACCAAAUAAACGACCAAGCCUUUUGUAGAUUGGUUUUAGAUACAAAAAAAUAAAAAAAAACAACAAAAAUCUAUUAUUUAUUUCUAUUAAUGUUGUUGUUGUUGUCGUUAUAAUUCAACUCAUCAGUUUCUUGGUCUUUAUCUAUAUGUGGAAGAAUUGUUUAUUUAAGUUUAUUUUUUCUUCUUCGAUAUUUUUUGUAUUUUCGUAAAACCAAACGUUUGUUAGUGCGUCCAUGCGUCCGUCCGUCCGUGUGAGUGCCUCUGUGUGUUAAAGUUUUUUUUUCGUGAUACAUUUGUCUGCUAUACUAAUGACGGUCGGUCUCCACCAGCCAAAGGCUAAUGAUCUUGAAAUUGUGUAAAAAUUAUAUAUGUAGAAUACAUUGUGUAAAGUAAACGACAUAAAAGAUGCUGAAAUAAACACAAAAUUCAAAUGAAUAGAUACGUGACAAGUAAAUCGUUUUGAAAAAAACCCAAACAAAUAUAUAAAUAAAAAAAAAUAAAUUUGAAUACUUUUACAAAAAAUAUACAUUCAUUCAUAAAAAAACGAACAAAAAUUCAAACUUUAUACUCUCUUAAGAAAAUAAGAGAAGAGAAAAAAAUAAAAAAAUAUAAAACCUAACAAUGAAUUCAUCACAUUUGGUCACCCCAAUGAAUACUCAUCAUCCACAUCAUCACAAUACAACCCAUCAUGUGCCCACCAACAGCACGUACACAUCAAAAAUGCCCACAUCGAACAACAGCAACCAACCGACAACCACAAGUACGAUCCACAAUUACCAUCCACAUGAUCAACAUGCCGGUCUCUCCGCUUCUACAUUAGUAAACAAAUCGAAUAAUUCCACCACCAACACAUCAACAACAAAUACACAACAAAAUAUUGUUAAUAAUGUGGGGGCUGGUCUUUCAUCAACAACAAGCGCAUCAUCUGCGACGCCAACAAAUACUAACACAUCAUAUAAAUUUGCGCCUGCACGUAGACUAGCUGCUAGGCAGACUUUACGUUUGGCCAUACCCAAACAACCGGGUGAUUCACAACAACAUUCUCAGCUAAACUCAACGGCACCAGCUAUGACGGGGAAUAAUAAUAGUCUAGCAACACAAUUUAAACAUUCAUCGCCUUCACAGUUACCGCCAGCUCCCAUACUCAAAAGACCACCCAUUAAUACCCCCAAUUAUUCCUCAACUCCUACUUCAAUUUCACAAAAUUCCCAUAUACCGAAGUCAGCCUCUCCAUUAGAGUCUCAUCAUUUACCCAAUGUUUUACAUCAUUCAACCACACCCAUCUGUACGGCAGCUACUCCCUCGAGUGUAGGCAGUAAUAAGUUUUUAAGGGUUCGUAAUCCCAGCAUAACGUUAAAUUCUUCCGAUGUCUGCAGUAAUAAUGAUUUGUUUGCUUUCGCUAAGGAAUUCUCCUCGCCAGCAGUGGGAGGGGGAGAUCAUUCCCCGAUAUUUGCGGAAAUUGCCUCUUCAAUAUCACCCUCUACAGCUAGCUCUGGUUCACCCACAAAUCACUUAAGUCGUUUGUUCAAUUUAAGCCCCUCGACUUUGCGAAGUUAUGGAAAUAUGUCAGAUUUUUCGGAUAGUUCACAGAGCGGUGUCAUCAGUCCGGCAACAUCGUUUAUUGAAAAUUUCCAUAAGAAAAAUGGUACAGCUGCUUCAUCGGCCAAUAGUUCACCCAGUAUUAGUACAAUGGGCUCAACAUCACCGGCCAUUAUUAAUGGUGGCGGUGGAAGUACAAUUAUAGGGAACAAUAGCAGUAUGGUUAUACCAACAACAGGGAAUUCAUUGGCCAGUACAUCAACAAUGGGUCGUCAAAUAAAUACUAGUUCUAGUUCAAGCAGUAGUGUUAAGGAAACAUCAUCACAACAGGUGAGUGAAUUUGCCAAGAUACUUAAAGGAAACAACCAAGAAUUAGGUCGUUAG